AUGGCGCAACCUCGACGAAAUGUGCCGCCUGCGGAACCGAUCAAGGCACUCCCGGCAGCGGCCUCUGUGAUUCAGGUGCCGAAGAGGGGCCAGAUCUUGCCCGCGGGCGAUCCUCUUUCCAUGUCGCAAAGUGACAUUUCGCUGCCUUUCCGUAGGAGCAACCCGUCAGCCGCCUCACUCUACGCUUCGACGCUCUCACCACCGGGCUCCCGAUCCAUGUCCCCCUCUGGCCGCGCCUCGCCCUCGAAAUAUCUCGCUAGCACCGUCUUCGACGUCAGCCAGGGGCGCGGUCUGCCCGAAGAUGCCGGAGACAGCCCCGGAGAGCCCCUCAGUCUGGUUCUGAGGGCCUUUGUCCCGCAUGUGGCUAUAUAUCCCUCGGCAGAUACUGAGGCUCUGAUACGCGAAAAAGGAUUCAAGAACGGCUUAUGGGAGUUGCUCCGACCCUUUGGCGAGAAAAUACAAGGCAAAGUCAAUGUACGCGACAGCAAUGGUGUGAGCCGCGUUGCAGAGGACUUCUCCAUCCGCUUUACGAGAUUUGGGGACAACAUAGAACACCCAGACCCAGCCAUUUCAGGCCAACGACCAUCUUCUAUAAAUGAGAAGAAUGUUUUACAAUCUGCUUCGGCCAGGGACAGAACCAUAUUGGCUAAUGUGGAGGCGGUAGUUGAUAAGCACCUAGCCUUUGCAGAGCACGCCUUUCAAGCGUCACCCAACCACGAGCCUUUGCGGAGACAAGGGCUCGAUGUGGAAACUGCUUCCCCUUAUUACGCUUUAUACCUAAGACGCCUGUUAUCUGGCUUCCCAAUAACCCCACACGAGACCUUUGCGCACCCGGUCGCUUGCGUGGUUGCGAUUAGUUCACGCAGUGAAAGCCCCAUCGAGGAGCUACGCCGUUUAUACGCCGAAACGAGUCAGGGCGACCAGGGGAUGCCUCCUUGGGUCGAUGGAGAAUACUUACGAUAUUAUGUGCUGGUUCACGAUGAGGAGAACGGAGACAUCACGAGGUCUAUGGCGUUGUUUGAGCAAAUGAAACGACAUCUUGGCCUACACUGCCAUCUGUUACGACUGCGAUCCAGUCAAAGUGCUGAGACAGAUGAUGACAGCAUCCCACUACCUCGAAGUGAUUGGAUGACAGCAUCCGAAGAACUCGAUGACAUUAAACGAAGUGAAGAUGACGAGGAUUUUGACGACCCAUCCCAGUACAUAUUCGAAUCUGAUGCCACCGCAAUUCGCACAUUUGUCAAAGAAAUGGUUACACAAUCUAUUGUUCCCACCAUGGAGCGACACAUGUCUGUGUGGAACGAUCAAGUAGCAUCUCGUCGAAGAGGUAUUACCGGCAAGUUCAUGAACUUGUCGCGUAAAUGGACUGGAUUUGGCAGUGGAAGUCGAAACUCCUCUGGCGGUGCUAAUAACAAGGAUACAUAUGAUCCGGCUGGAUUCUAUCAUGCGACUGCGGCGGAAGCAAUCAUGCGGAAACUGGCCGAUUUCGCCUUUAUGCUGCGUGAUUGGAAACUGGCAUAUUCAACAUACGAUCUACUGCGACCAGAUUUCAGCGAAGCAAAGGCAUGGAAAUAUUAUGCAGCAGCUAAUGAAAUGGCCGCCGUCAGUAUGCUCAUGAUGCCCCAGCAGUUGACCUCGAAAACGCGGUCGGAAACAAUCGAUCAAAUGCUCGAGUCAGCAUUCUACUCAUACCAGACCAGGUGCAGCAGUCCAUAUGGCGCCUUGCGAAGUCUCACACUGGGCCUCGAGCUUUUGCGCUUGAGAGGAGGCUCGAAUGUUGACGACGCUGGCAGAUGGGGGCUACGACUUCUCGAGUCAAGGAUCCCGGGCGGAGUAGGCGACGCUCUCACCAAGGAACGUUUAGCCAUAUGCUAUGCCUCCAAGACUGGCAUUGGCAGCUGGAACUGGGGUAGCCGCCGCCGCAAGUCUGCCGCCUGGAGCGUCUUGGCCGCGGAGGCGUGGGCAGAGCAGUCCAAGUUUAUCCCUGCACAGCGCUGCCUCACGGAAGCGCAAAAGACGUACCGCCCGAGCACGGCGCAGGAUGGUGUGACGCAAUUCGCCACUGCAAUGGCUUACGUGGAUGGGCUUCAGCGAGAACUCGCGGAUAGGCUAGGCUAUCCUGACGAGGCAGCGGAUGAAUCUGCGCUGGGCGAGUCGCGAAGCGAGAUAGAAGAGGAGAGCGAGGCGCUUACAGACAUGCGCACGCGGAGACUAAGCAUAGUUGCCCGCGGUGGGCUAGAGACAGCACCUCUGCACACGGAGCAAUUAGAUGGUACGGUUCCUGAUGCCCAUGGUCAAGAAGGAUUUGAUUAA